UAUUACUGUUAUUUCGAAGUGUAAUUGGAGUGUUUUUUCUUUUUCUUUUUCUUUUUUUGCUGCGUACCAAACACUCGUUUUAAUUAAAGAGAAGAAUUCCAAGCAAGAAGCAGCAACUGGAAAUCCCAACAAUGUGGAAGCUCAAUCAGUCUCUAUUUGGCGGGGACGAAGAGCGGGAGGAGAACUCCUUGGAUGAAUCCGAUGGCCUCUGCUCGCUAUCAACCACGCAGAGAAUUUAUGCUUUUGCUGCUUGUUUCGUUGCUGGUUUCGCUUGUAUGUUUCUGUCACUAAUAGUUUUUGCAAAGCCUGUCAAAUUUGCAGUGCUGUUCACCUUUGGAAAUGUGUUGGCUGUGGGAAGUACAGCCUUCCUCAUUGGACCUGGGCAGCAAUUAAGAAUGAUGCUUGAUCCUGUCCGUAUUUAUGCAACAGCCAUUUAUGUUGGAUGUGUCGUUAUAGCUCUCAUUUGUGCUCUUUUGAUCCAUAAUAAGAUUUUGACAGUUCUAGCAAUUAUAUGUGAGAUUUGUGCCCUUAUUUGUACUAGCUUCCAGGGCAGUGUUGUGUCUGCCAUGCGGUGUUUAAUGUUGAAGAGGGGAUGCAUUCCUGUGAAAUCAAGGAAGAAAGCAUGGAUGAAGAUACAAAUUGAGGGGAUUUCUUUUUUUUAUUUUUUAAUUUUUUUUGCUUUCAAAUCCUUAUGUGAAUGAACUUGGAUUUCUUAUUUCAACUCACUUUAAAUCCUUACUUUUUUUACCCUGUUAAGUCACCACUUGACCUACAAGCUUAAGUUGUAUGUAUAUAAAGCUAUCCAAGACCCUCAUACUCAUCAAAUUAUAUGAUGGACCAUGUUGUGAAGUACAGGCCGUGGUGUAUUGUAAAGUGUGAUGUGGCUUUGAGGGAAAGGGAUUGUGAGAAAUCAACUUAUAGCUCCUUUAGUACAGUAAAGACUGUAAUGUAGGUUGAGGUACAAUAUUGAAACAGUAAAAUGUCUUGGCUUUUUUGUAA